AUGCAAGCCUUGAGAAGACUCCUGAGGCUUCGACGUCCUCAUAGGAGCCUGUUUCCUGAAACAUCCAAAAGACACCUAUCUAUUAUGUCUCGAGGAAGUCCUAUUUCCAAAGAAGAGCUGUUCAAAUACACAAAUGGUCGAUUUCUUUCUGAGGAAGAAAGUCAGCUAUCGAAGCGCUAUGUUCAGUUUGACGUCGACCGCUUAUGUGAUGUGGUCUCAAGCAUCUCCGGAACUAGGGCACCGCAGGUUUCGCAGAUAGAGAAGAUGGAGGGUGGGUUCAGCAAGGCCCUCCUUGUGACAACCCUGGAUGGUUCCGAAUACAUCGUCAAAAUUCCAUGCCCAAAUGCCGGAAAGCCUAUGUACUGCACGGCAUCUGAGGUUGCGGCCUUGAACUUCGUCAAGACACAUACCACAAUUCCCGUGCCAAAGGUCUUAGCAUGGAGCGCUGAUUCAACUAACCCAGUAGGCGCCGAGUACAUCGUGAUGGAGCGAGUUCCUGGUGUCCAGAUCUUCAAGAAAUGGGAUGAAAUGGGAGAGAGCAAUCGCAUAUCAAUCAUCAAACGCCUCACGCAAUGGGAGCGUGAGCUUGCUGAGAUUCCAUUUCCAGCCUCCGGCAGUCUAUAUCACAAAAGUUCGCUGAAAGAUCAUGAAUUGAUCUCGCUAGAUCCAUCUGUGGAUCCUGACGGUCUAUUUUGUGUUGGUCCUUCGUGUGAUUCUGCCUGGCCCAUACAGCAUAGUCCUAGUGUUCACUGCGGCCCUUGGAAAACCAUCGGUGACUUGGGCGAAUCUCUCAUCAAUCGCUCACUUUUCAAGUCUCAACACCAUCUCAAUCCAAAACCAACAGCCUCUCUGAAUGGUUCCUUAGAGGAGCAUUUGAUAACCCUCGGUAUGGCAAAGGAAAUUAUGUCAGUAGUAGCAAACAAUCCCAAGCUGCUAGCCCAGUCCCAGCCUACAUUAUGGCAUACCGAUCUUCAUAUGGGAAAUAUAUUUGUUGCUGAAGAUGACCCGGCCAAUGUUACUGGUUUUAUUGACUGGCAACAUACUUCUAUCAGUCCCUUGUUUUUGCAUGUCAGAUGGCCCGUCUUCCUAACUCCACCAGAAGACUACCAAGAGGGCCAGGUAUUACCUCAGCUUCCAUCUAGCUUUGAAGAUAUGGACGCCGAAGAGAAAGAGAUCGCUUUAUACAAUAAAGAAAAGGCUACCUGGACAAAGGCCUAUGAGGUUGCAACCUUUCUGAAUGAUAGAAAAGCCUGGAGAGCGAUGCAAGUUCCCUUGCUUCUAAAGGAACUAUUCCGUCAUUGUGGUGAUACUUGGGAUGAGGGAAUCCUCCCGCUCCGGGAAACAUUGAUUGAACUUUUUCGCAAUCAGCAGGACUUCGGGUUCGCAGCAGAUCUAUCGCUUCACCUCAAUGACGAACAGAUCGCAGCACACACGAAGAAGUUUCAGGCAUAUCAAGAAAGGCACGAAAUCCGCAACUUUGUCAAGCAAAUCCUUGAUACUGAUGAUGAUGGCUGGAUUUCUCCAGAGCGCGAUUUCACUGAGGUGAAUUCUCGAAACAAGAUGCUGUUCGACUACUAUGUCUCCAAGCCAGAUAUUAACAAAACUCCAGAUGAAAUCCGGAACUUAUGGCCAUUCUCCUCGGAUACAUGA